UCUUGGAAGUGUAAACAAUGGAGGAGGAAAACCAAGUGCAACUCCUGAAUGAAAAGCAGGUGCCGAACUCUGAAAAUGGUUAUGUGUGGCAUGUCACCGAUAUGAAUCGACUGCAACGUUUCUUGUGUUUUGGUUCAGAAGGUGGUACUUAUUGCAUCAAGGAGCAGAAGCUGGGCUUUGAAAAUGCAGAAGCUUUAGUAAGACUAAUUGAAGAGGGCAGAGGUUGUGAAGUUGUUCAAGAAAUAAAAACAUUUAGUCAAGAAGGCAGAGCAGCAAAACAGGAGCCCCUGCUUUUUGCUCUUGCAAUUUGCUCACAGUGUUCUGAUGCAAAAACAAAACAAGCAGCAUUUAAAGCUGUUUCUGAGGUGUGUUGCAUACCAACCCAUCUCUUUACUUUCAUCCAAUUCAAGAAAGAUCUGAAAGAGGGCAUGAAAUGUGGCAUGUGGGGCCGUGCACUGAGGAAAGCUGUUGCAGAUUGGUACAAUGGAAAGAAUGGCAUGGCUGUUGCUUCAGCAGUUACAAAAUAUAAACAACAAAGUGGUUGGUCUCAUAAAGAUCUUCUGAGGCUGUCCCACCUAAAACCUGCCACUGAAGGAAUUGCUAUAGUCACUAAAUAUAUCACCAAAGGGUGGAAAGAUGUCCAAGAGUCUUAUAAAGACAAAGCAGUUUCUGCUGAGACUGAAAAACUCUUAAAGUAUCUGGAAGCUGUGGAGAAGGUAAAACGCACAAAAGAUGAAUUGGAAGUUACUCAUUUAAUAGAGGAAUAUGGCCUAGUUAGAGAGCAUCUCCUGACCAACCAUCUAAAAUCUAAAGAGGUUUGGAAGGCAUUGCUGAAGGAGAUGUCCAUUUCUGUAUUGUUGAGAAAUUUGGGAAAGCUGACAGCAAAUUCAGUGCUUGAACCUCGAGGUUCAGAAGUGGCAAUAGUAUGUGAAAGACUGAGAAAUGAGAAACUGCUAAAAAAGGGUAGAAUACAUCCAUUCCAUAUUUUGGUGGCAUUAGAAACUUAUAAAGCUGGACAUGGAAGCAGAGGGAAGCUUUGGUGGCGUCCUGAUGAAGACAUUUUAGAAGCUUUAGAUGCCUCAUUUUACAAAACUUUCAAGACAGUUGAACCAACAGGAAAACGCUUCUUACUUGCAGUUGAUGUCAGUGCAUCAAUGACACAAAAAGUUUUGGGCAGCAUGCUCAAUGCUAGCACGGUUGCAGCAGCAAUGUGUAUGGUUGUAGCACGUACUGAGAAGGAUUCCCAUACUGUUGCCUUUUCACAUGAAAUCGUCCCUUGCCCAGUGACAGCUGAUAUGACGUUACCUCAAGUAUUAGUGAAAAUGUAUGAAAUUCCAAUGGGUACCACUGAUUGUUCCCUUCCAAUGAUAUGGGCUCAAAAAACUCAGACAGCUGCUGAUGUCUUCAUUGUAUUUACUGAUAAUGAGACCUUUGCUGGAAAUACUCAUCCUGCAACAGCUCUUAGAGAGUACAGAGAGAAAAUGGGUAUUCCUGCUAAAUUGAUUGUAUGCGGAAUGACCUCAAAUGGUUUUACAAUUGCAGAUCCAGAUGACAGAGGCAUGUUGGAUAUAUGUGGCUUUGAUACAGGAGCUUUGGAUGUUAUUCGAAACUUUACUUUGGAUUUGAUUUAAUCUUCUAGGCAUUUGCUCUUCCCAGUGAGUCCAUUGCUGGCAGCAGACUUCACCCUGGGAACUCCCAGCCAAAUACACUUUAUUAUAAUAUGGCACAUUAUAUACAUAUCAGAUUAUUACCUUUUUGUGAAGGGAAAACAAGAAAAGCAGAUGAGAAAUCUCUUUUCUCUUUUUUUCCUGAUGCGCAAAAUUUAAAAUAACAGUGGGAAGUUUGCUAAAAGUAGCUACAGGGUUACACAAUACAUAAUUUAAUUUCAUUUAUAAUAGAUUAUAAAUACUGAGAGAUUUUUAAUUUCCCCCUCCCACCCCGCCACCCCACUCUGUUGCUGUGGCGUGCUUGUUUGCAGGAAUAAAUUGAUUAAUUACUCUUAGGAUGGGAGAGAAAAAAAAAAGUGGGUUUAGUGUUUUUAUUAAUGUCAGUUUAACAGCAACUUUGUUGAGAGGGAUUUUUCUUUGGUCUUUUAAAAAUACUUGUAUUUUAAACAAAUUACUAAGGUUCAGCAGUUUCCAUUGUUACACUUCAAAUCUACAGAAGAAAUAUUUUCUGGCACAUGUAGGGCCAUGUGACUGGUGCAGGAAAAAAGUUACCCAGUGAAAUUUUAUACUAAUAAAACUGAAAGUGGAAGAGCUCAUGUUAAUCUCUUUGUAUCUAGAUCUUAUCUGGGUUUUCAGGAUUGUAAUCCUCUUUAGGUAAAUUGAGGGGCAAUUUCUGUGUGAUGCAGAUUUGGAAGCACUAUUUUAAAAUUAGUAGACUUUACAGGAAGUACUAAAACCUGUUUUCAGUAGAAAAGGACCUUGGAAAUGGCUGAGAAUCCACAUUCAGUCCACGUUAUAACUUCAGGAAGUAUCAGCACCCUUUUAGUGAGGAAUAUCAGCAAAUGCAUGUGUCUUGGCUGCCCUUGAAAGCUGAGGGGUGAGAACCAGAAACAAAAAGCUACAUUUUCUUCACAGAAACAAAAAGCUACAUUUUCUUCAAAAGAAUGUAUACAAUGAUACAGAAACAAUCUUCCUAACAGGAGAGUAUUUAAUUUUUUAAAAUCUUUUUGUAGAUUAAUGUUACUUCUGAUUUCAUAAAUUAAUCCAAGCUAACAUUUUUCAAAACUACCUCCGGUUUAUAGUGACCAAUGCUUAAAAGUUUUAUGAUAUGUACAGUUGCCUCCUUCAUGUUAUCAAAAUCUUGUUUAGGAAGAGAUUGAAACUGGAUUUUUUAAAAUUUUUUUUUUAGUCCGAUAGUAAGAGUGUGAGUAAAUAAGGAGAAAGUUAGUGAAUAUCAUCACUUUGGAAUGGGAAUUGAUAGCAAUUAAUGUGUAUAUUCUGUGUAUUUAAUUCUCUGUGUGUAUGUGUGUAUAGGGGGGAAGUUAAAAGAUCUCUUUAGUCAAUCACAAUCUUAGAAGAUGAGAAAGGGAUUUUUAGUGAUGCUUUUACAAUUUACCCUACGAUGUAUGUAUGUAAGCCUCUUUUAUGCUAAUUCUGGCUGUUUGAAACAGUGAAUUUGAUGUUAACUUGAAAAUAAUUACGAUUUAUAAAAAUAACGCAGUUGUGGUAAAUUACAUGUAAGACCAUAUUUUUCUGCCUAAACCCCAAGCUUUUAAAUGUAAAAUUCAAGUUCAUAUACUUUUGAUACUUGUAACCCUUUUCAUUAUGCCUCGUACAUUACAUAUUGAUUAUAAAUUCAAAGCUCAUAUACUGUAGGAUGGAUAUCUCUUUUGGUGCUAAAAUGUGAGGUUACAUGUUACUGAAGGUAUUCUGCUACAUACUCAUACUGUACCUUAAUGAAUAAAUCAAAACAGUGAGGGAAGCCUUUUCUGACACUAAAACCCUGGCUUAAAGAACUGCUGGUAGGAAUGAUACCUUUCAGUGGACAUAAAUGUAUUUACUUCUGAAUUAUCACUGCUCUUAUGAUAUAGCUCUGAUGGAAUGCUUGAAGAAUACAGGACUGCCACCAGCUUGUCAGGUGACCUAGAAAAAACAAGUGUUCCUACAAAAGCUGAGACAUAGCACUUUGAGUUUGAAAAAGAAAAUUAGCCAUUUCUUAUGAAAAUUUUCUUGCCACUUUUAGUCUGCUUUCUAAAGAAACACCAUGAAUAUGGAGAGUAAACUCAUUUGCUCAAUACAUGUUAAUAAUUACUUCAAGUAAAUGCACUGAUGUUUUGGGGUUGGUUUGGUAGUAAUGUGUUUUAAAUUACACAGUAGUCAAACAUCUGAUUAGGUGUUUCCUGCUAAGCUAGAGAUGUUGAAAAUAACUGAUAGUUAAGUAUCUUUUGCAAGUACUUUUUCUUAUUUGGAGUAGUAUUUGUGAAGUAAUAGGAAAUAUUUUCAACUAAAUAUAAAAUGAAAACUUAAACAGGUAUUUCAAGUAACUUUGUGCAGUCAAUUGCCCAAAUUUACUGCAAGUAAAAGAUUAGACUAGUUACUAACAAAUUGAAUGAACAGUUAUAGUAGUGUUGCAUCUUUGAAAGCAGUCCAGUUUGAAAUAUAAUUCCUUGAACUAGAGUGUAAGUGAAGAUGAAUUUUUCAUUAGAACUUAUAGAAAAAGUAGCACCCUGUAUCUAUUGACACUGGAUAGCUAUGCACCAUUUUUAAGAUAGUCCUCCAUGCUGGAGUACAUAGUAUGAUCCUAAACAUUUACCAUAUCUCUGUACUAAAAAAUCUUGUUAGAAAUAGAAUAUUCUAAGUGGUUUGGUUAUCCGAUGUAAAACUAGGACCAAUGAGAUCAUGUUGUCAUCUGUUCCUCUAAGAUUUUUCACAGAGAGGAGAAACUGAAGUAAAUGCUGACAGCUUAACUUUUUUAGUGCGUUGACCUUUGUUUCUACCAUUUUCUGUUUGGUUUUGUUGUUAUCUUAGAGUAAGGGGCAUAGAAGAAUGAUGUUGCAUAUUUGUUUUCCUUAGACUUUUUUUUUUUUAUCUGCCCAUAUACUGAAUUUUAGGAGACAGCAUUACUCAUUUGCUAUAACAUAAAUUUGUCCUGAUUUUAGUUAUUAAACUGAUAAUUUCCAAAAUGAUAUCUAAACUUGUAAAGAGGCAAUCAUUGCUCUAAUGUUUAAAAAAAAAAAAGUGAGCUAAGACAAAGUUGCUAAGCUUAAGCAUUAGUUCAGUAUACAAUGAAUAACCUACCCUUUCCCAAAGAGGACACACUGACUCUUUCAAGUUAAUAGUGUUUACAUUGGAGGAACACUUUGACCAACAAAACAAAAAUGGAACUAGAACUGUGCACUGCAGUUUACCAGUAAAAAUUGAACAGGGACAAGUUUAAAGAUAAUGUUAUUCAAAACAUGAAUUAAAAUAAAGUCUAAAUGCAGAGUUCAGCUGUAGACUGGGUGAAUACAGGUUUCCUGAUAACCUAACAGAACUAAUAGGCUUUCAGUUUGGCUACCAUUUCACUGUGACCCCCUUAACAGUACUUAAAUAAUAGACUAUUAUGUGUAAGACUAUAAUGUUCAGGCACUUUAGCUUUGAGGAAGAAGAAAAGGAUGUAAUGGAAGCACAGCAGAGCUAAAACACUCUUCUGUAACUAAGGGCUGUAAAGAAUGAACAUCAGAGAUCAGGUUUCUUGAUGGAAGGGAUACCAUAAAGAAUGUGGAGAGAGUGGAAGGCACUCAAGAUUUCUUCGAAAUCAUGCAAUACAUACGUUAGUGUUGUGUAAUAAAUUGAAUAAAGACAGUAAUAAUUUUGCCAAGAAACAGGAUUUCGUGUCAGGAAUUUUAAGCCUAUAGUGAGAAAGAGGAGAGUUUGGGAUGCUUGUAGAAUUAGAUUACAGGGAAAAUAUGGGGUCUUUACCUACAAUCCUAUACGUUUAAAAAUAUAAGCCUAAAAGUAGGUGUAGAUCUGCAGUCAGCAGGGCAACCCUAAGUGCCCACUAUGUGAGGGCACUAAUAACUGGCCCUAAAAUAUCUCGCUGCUUAAAACCACUGUUAAACCUGUUUGUUAAACAUAAAUCACUAGGGAGGUUGUGUUCUUUUUCACUGUUGUUUAGUUGAGGUCCAUAAAUGGGUAUGGCUGUAAAAAGGCUGUUCAACCAAGUAUAUAUUCACCAGCAGUUUUGGAAAUGUAUUUUAAUAAUGGCUCUAUCUGUAAAAACACUAGGAAAAUAUUUUUCUCUGUUGCAAAAUGCUGUGCUGCUUAAUCACGUAUCUGACUCGUAGCCACCAUACCAGAAGCAUUAGUAUUGGUUCCUUUUUUUUUUUUACUCUUGUAUUACUGUUUUGCUUUGCCCUUCCUUUCCUCUGUUAAUGCUGGCUUUUUUUCUCUCCUUUCCCAUCUCCUUCUUACCUCAGGCCUAUACUUGAAUCUCUUUUCACUUCAUCUCUUUUCAGCUCUCGUCCAUUUAUUUCUUUUUAUUCUGUUCUUUGGCCACCUUGCUGUCCUUGAGCAUGAUAGCUUAGCUAAAUAACUUAUACCAGAACUGAUGUCAUAGUAUUUAUCUUAAUUUUAAAAACUGGAUAAUUCUUUUUCUUUUCAUUAUAUAAAUCUCUUAUAAAACAUUUAAUCUGCUAUAUCUAUCAGAUUUUGGUAAAACUCUGUGUACACAUGACUGACAAAAGUAUACUUUGUUUACUUACAAAAGUCCAACAUCUGCCUGUGAAUGGCUUUAUCUUUAUAAAGUAACUGCUUAAAAUUGGCUUUUCAAAUUUAAAGCUUUUUUCUAAAUUAGUUCAGUGGGUUGGAGCUUUCCAUUCUGUUAAAUAUUAUCAAGCUGCUGUUAAUUCUGGAUGGACAGCUUCUCUGCAGUAUUGAUUAGCAAAAUAUCUUCAAAUAAUAGUAUGUAGAAGUAAACCUAAGCAAAGAAUCAUUUGUUUUGCUUGUGCUUUGAAAUUUUUUUAAGUGUUCCAUCAGUUUAUAGGUUUAUUUUGCUAUUUGCAGUGGUUCAGCACAGACAAAUAUGCUGUAUAAGUAAGCUGUUUUAAUGAUUUUACUGCUGGAAUGGUAGAGAUUUCAUCUUACCAUGAUACAGUAUGGUGUACAACAUUGCUGAGCAAAGGUUAUGGGGGAAAGGUAAAACACUAGGACACUGUAUUACAUAUGCGCUGCUCUGAGAAGUAAGAUUUAAGAUGACCUAAUUUCAGCAGAAGGUAUGGUGUCUUUAACUGUGCUUACAUUUAGAUUUAUAAUUUUGAUACUGUAAAGCAUGGUUUUGGUAUUUCUGCAUUCUGAAUUUAAGUUUAUAUAUAUAUAUUUGCAUAUAUAUAUGUGGUAUGAGAACUUUUACAAAUGCUUCAUUAACAAUGUUUUCCUAAUGUUACCAGCUUCUUAGAGUUAAGCACAACUAGUCACAAAUAAAAUGUCUUUUCUAUUACAUUCUUGUAUAAAAGUGCAGUUCUACUCUUUAAAAAUGAUUCUGUAUAAAGAAGCAACAGAUGGGCACAUUCACAGUUCUACCCACUUAGUUAACUAACUUGAUGUUUGUUUCCAGCUUCUCCUGCUUUUAGGAUUUAAGCUGAGUGAGCAGGUACAUCUUAAAUCUAAGUACAAGAUCUUUUUGCUGAUACUUCUUAACAUUCAGAUUCCAGGACAAGCAUUAUUUUUAAGAGAAACAGCUUUGUCCUGGAGACAAUGCUAAGCAAAAAAUAUGGAAAUUUUUAAUGACUAUUUUUUGAGUCUUUUUUUUUUUUUUUUUUUCUAGAGUAGAACCACACUUUAACCGCCAUAUCAUGUUUAAAUAACUUAAACAUAACAUGGCUUUGUGCCAUCCAGUAAUGAAGGCACAUCUUGCUGCUACUUUCUAAGAAAAUUAAUGAGAAACUAUUUGGAUGGGGAGCCUUAAGAUGAAAAAAAAGAAGCAUAAUUAACCCUUUGAGUGCCUUAAGACUAUCUUUAAUAAAUGGGCACUCACUUGAAUCUGCAGGCACACAGCAUGUUUUCUCAACAGUUGGAAUAGAGCAGUGCUUUAAGUGACAAUGCCCUGGGACUUCAGAAACAUAGAACUCAAAGGGUUAUUUUAGACUACUGUUUUGGGACUUUUUU